AAUAAAUUAUUAUUGCAAGUUGCAAGUUGCAAAACGCUGUUGCAAAGUCAUUUACGGUUGAACGUUUGCUAAUUGCAAAAUGGAUGACGAAUGUGAGUCGUACAAACUGUGGCGUAUUCGAAAAACUGUUAUGCAGCUUUGCCAUGACAGAGGUUAUUUAGUCACACAGGAUGAAUUGGAUCAAACAUUGGAACAGUUUAAAGAACAAUUUGGAGAUAAACCUAGUGAAAAAAGACCUGGACGUAGUGAUUUAAUUGUCCUUGUGGCACAUAAUGACGAUCCUACAGAUCAAAUGUUUGUUUUCUUUCCUGAAGAACCAAAAAUUGGUAUAAAAACUAUAAAAACUUACUGUCAGAGAAUGCAAGAAGAAACCAUUACUCGAGCUAUUAUUGUUGUUCAACAAGGAAUGACUCCAAGUGCAAAACAAUCUUUAGUUGAUAUGGCUCCUAAAUAUAUAUUGGAACAGUUUUUGGAAUCUGAACUUCUAAUUAAUAUAACUGAACAUGAACUAGUACCUGAACACAUUGUUUUGACACCAGAUGAGAAACAAGAACUUUUGUGCAGAUACAAAUUAAAAGAAAAUCAGCUGAUGAGAAUUCAAGUAGGUGAUCCAGUUUCUCGUUACUUCGGCUUAAAAAGAGGACAAGUAGUGAAAAUUGUAAGAAAUUCUGAAACUGCUGGACGUUAUAUUUCAUACAGAUUGGUAUGCUGAGGCUAAAUAUUAAAACAACUGUAAUUCGUUCACUUAAAAUACAUUUUUACUAUAAAUUUUAAAUAUAAGACAUUUUUAAUA